CCCAGCCUUUGGCAGUGGCUGUUUAUAAUGUGAGGUGGAUCCGGGUUUAGCAGAGAUUGUGCCUCUUCUUUACAUUACAGAGGUUUUGUGCAGAUAUUUAUAGGCUCGAGAAGGGAGGAGACACUGGUGCUUGGAAGGUUGGCUCAGAUACUCUUUGGAUUCAUUGACUAUGGUGAGCCAAGGAGGCUAGAUCUAAGAAAAUAAAAUGAAGACAUAGGAAGAGAAUUCCUUAGUAGGUAACACUACAAGAGAUGGUGAAUUCCAGCAGUGUAACAGACCUGUUCUAGCAGGUCUUAAUCACAGAGAAUUCUCAGAAAUGACGUAAGGCUCGAGCCUGUAAAUUUAAGAAUGAGUUGCAAAUUGAGGUGUCCUCAGAAUUGAACUGAGCACCAGCAGCUUUGUAUAUUGUACAGGUUGGGGAAGCCAAAAAUAGCUUUGGUGGAAAAAUCUGUACCCUUCUGGGAGUUUUCUCAUAACACACUCUUGUGCUGCUCACAUGCUCGCUUUCCCACUCUGGGUGGUCCUUUUGUUGAAAUCAGAUUAUGAAAUCCAAAAUAUGACAGCAUUUUUGUGACUUAAAAGGCCAGUUUAGUAGAGGUUUUCUUGGCAACAUCAAUAAUAAAUGAGAGACUGAGAAAUGGGGAAGAAGGAGCCACAGAAGGAACCUAAGGUUCAUUGGUAGAAGAGAAAUAAAACAUUAAAAUAGGGAAAGGUAGCCAAGGGAGAAUGAGAAUGUCACUUAAAUGGAUAUUGAAGGGAAAGUCAGCAGAUUGAUCUGUGGGUAAAAGAUUAAAUCCUUUUUUCUAAAUAAAUGGGGCCACCGACUUUUUCUACAUCAGUCUUUAAUGUUUCUUUGAUGUUCUCAUCAUUAGGACACAGGAAUCCUGAGUCUAUAUCCCACUACCUGUUUGGCCUUAGCUAACCUGUGAGUGGGGAAUUUUGGGGCAUCAGAGAGCUUGUGAGAGAUCAAAAAAGUCAGAAUGGUUCUGGUCACUCAUCAGCAGGCCUAGCUUCAGCUAGAUGGCCUAGGGAUGUGUCAGCACCCUGGGUGCUGUGGGCACCCUGAUGUAGUUUCAGGGACUCUGAAGGGGAAGAUGUCCUUGCCAUCGCUUACAGAAACAUGCAUUUGAUCCUACUGAAGGGUGCUGAACCCUACAUUUCCUGAAUAAGCACUCUGGAUUUUAGGCUGUUUUCUCUUUCCUUACUCUUAAAACUUGAUUCAUGCUUUAGAAAUGAAAGCAGACUCUUACUAUCAAGGGAAUAGCCUACAAUUAAUAUCUCGAGUGUGUAAAAAUGCCAAACCUGUAGCCUUGGCAGCAUUACAGGCUCCGGGGUCUGAAUACGAGUGCAGUAUUUUGGACUCCUGGCUGACUGCAAAAACUUUUCUUACCCUUUUUUGGAUCCAACUCACCUCGUGCCUUGGUGCAGAGAACCAAAGGGCCUAGAUGGGCUCUGCUUUGGUGAGAAACUGCUGUCUCUGAGCUGCAGAACACUGUGUGCCUUGAAACUUCUAAGCACAGGUCAUUUCUGGCGUAACUCCUCUGAAGUCACGUAAGCCACAAGUCCUUGUUUAAGCCAGGUAACGUUGGCUUUGCCAGGAGAAUGUGUACUGUGCCACCUGCUUGUAUCUGAAAUCAGCGGGCUAUCACCAGCUAAUCACUAGUUAUUUCCAUUUGCAAUGCUACCAUUCACCUCGCGAUGGGUGUGAAAUGGAGUAAGGCUGGCCAAAGGCACACAACCUGGAGGGAAACUAUUUUAUCCCCAUAUACUUAGUUAAAUCUACAGACUAGCUAGUAUAAAAAUUAAUUUUGCUUAACUUGAGGAACAGAGGUUCUAUCUCAGAGGAAGAAUGGGUAGUUUCUUCUGGACAAGCAAUGUACAUGUAUUAAAAGGAAGACUACAUUUAUCGGGCAGAUUUUGAUGGAUGGAAAGCAGAAUAGAUAACGGGAAGAAACUGCACAGCCAGCAUGCUCAUUGUUUCCAAAAGGCUGCAGUGUAGCUGCUCUGAAGAUGGUGAGUCUAAACACACAAAACAUGAUGGUGAUUUCAGGAGCCUGAUGGCAGCGUAUGCCAUCAAAACAUGAUUGCCUGGAGCAUUCUCCUGUUUCACCCAGCUCUGCUAGGUUUUGCCGUGUACCUGGUGAUGUGGUAACACACACCUUGACCAGAUAACACCAUGUCUGUCCCUGCACUCCAACAUUCCUUCUUCUUCUUGGUCCUCUGCAUUUCUGAAGCCUCAGGGAAAAUCCUGCUGAAUAUUUCAGUUAAUAUUUCCUACAGUCAUCCCACCACCGAUGUGUUACCAUCUCCUUGUGUUCACACUUUCCUUUGUUGUAGUUGUUUGCUUUGCUGCUUCUCCUAAGAAAUUUCAGAGGAUUUCCACGUUGCUUGGCUCCUGGUUCUUGCCUAGCAGUACUUCUUUUUCCUAUAUGGAGAAAGUUAAAACUAGACUUUUUAAAAUUAAUUAAUUAUUUUUUUUUCUGCUCAUGCCAAGGGUCAAUGGGGAUAAGUGAACAAUGUGUUAUCUCGUUCCCUGAAUUAGGCCAGGUGAAUCAACGCAGAGAUAUAGGAAUAAUGAUAAGUGGGAUAGCAUAGAAAGAAUAUACAAGUAUUAGUAACUGUUAGUGCCAGUAUUUUCCAGCAUAACUUCCACAUUGCUAUAUUUUUUUAGUAGAGAGCCCUUAAAAAUGUCCAGCUCUUUCAGGCAGUCUUCUAAUAUGACCAUUAAAAUAAUUUAAUUGCAGAAAUCCUAGAAAGCAAAUAUUUACCCUCCUGGCUUCCAGAGUUUGAACUCCACUGGCCUUCACCCGGUCAUGUCACAAGCUGCCGUCUGCAGCCCCUGAUGGAAGAAAUCUGCAUUCAGUAACACAAAUACUGGCUUGCUGACAUCAGUUCUCAAGUGGGUGCUGCCAGCGCUGAUGUCUCAGCCUCGCGCAGUGUGGCAGCUGCGCAGCAUGAUCCAAUGCACCAUCCCGGGCAGCCACCCCCUGCUUCAGUAUGAUGGCUACGGCUGCUACUGUGGCUUGGGAGGCAGUGGAACACCAGUGGAUGAACUCGACAAGUGCUGUCAAGCACACGAUAACUGCUACUCUCAGGCAAAGAAGCUGUCAGCAUGCACCUUCUUAGUGGACAACCCCUACACAGAGACGUACAAGUUCAGCUGCUCCAGCGAGGAGAUCACGUGCAGCAGCACCAACGACGAGUGCGAGAUGUUCAUCUGCAACUGUGACCGCACGGCCGCCAUGUGCUUCGCCAAGGCGCCCUACAACCCGGGCCACUACCGGCUGGACACGGACAAGUACUGCAAGUCCUCCUGAGGGCUGGCAGCGAGCGAGCGGGUGCCGCGUAUAUAUAAUAAAGCCGGGCUGACACAAAGCAACGCCGCCCCCGCGCCUCCGCCGCGCCUCAGCGCCUCAGCGCCGCGCGCGCCCCCGGCGGCCGUUAACGGCCGCGCGCGCGACCGGGUUCGGGGUGGGAGGGGGGGGCGGGAGGGGGAAGGAGAGGCCCCGCCCCCUCCGCGAGCGGGUCAUUGUGGCGCGCGCGGUGUUCCCGCCUCCCCCGUCACCGCGUUCUUUGAUUGGCUCCGAGCAGCGGCGGGGGCGGGGCCUGGAGGAGGUGGGGAGGGAGCGGGCGGGAGGCUGCGAGCAGGUGCGCCCCGCCCCGGCCCCGCCCCGCCCCUCGGGGAGCACCUCAGGGACCGGGGUUCGAGUCCCGGUGCCGCCUCGUCCCCUCACGGCGCCCCCCCAGCCCCCGGGCGAGCGGGGAACGGCGGCGGCGCGGCUCCCCCCGGCGCCCCCAGCCCCGCCGCUGCUCCUCCGGGCUCCCGUCCCUCGGGGCACGGCCCGAAGCGUUUGGCCGUUCCAUGCCCGUGGGGCUGUAGCUGUGGGGAAAGGGCGGCCCUGAGGGACGGUGCCGGGACGGAGCCCCCGGGGCUGCUGCUGCCGAUGAGGGCGGCCGAAGGGGGCGGGUGGGCUCCCGGGGCUGCCCCAGGUUGUGGCAGGGAGCUCUGGCUCCUCAGCCAAAAACAGCUCAGCUGCGUCCCUCAGCAUGAGGAGAGUGUGCAGCCCGCCUGUCCUCCCUGCCCAGGUAGAGGAUGGAGACCCUGGACGAGUUUGACAACGAGUACCCCCUCAGCAUCACCUUCUGCAGGCAGAUUUCCCCAGAGGACUUUGAGGAGCAGUCCGUGUCCUACACGCGGCAGUGCCUGCAGGAGCUGUACGCGGCCAUGGAGCAGAACCCGCGGGUCUGUGAGAGGGCUUUGAGGAAGCAGAAACAGGUGGAGAAGGAAGAAGCUGGCUUGUUCUCCUACAUAAAGGCCAAGAUUUUUUGGACUCUGCAGGGAGAAUUGAAUUACUCUAACUACAUGGACAUUGCAGAGAUGAGAGAGAAAGUAUGCCAGCUGAGACGAGACAUGAAGAGAGUAAACAACUAUGCUCAGGGUGCAAAGACUAGGAAAGGACGACAUACAAGGCACUCAGUGGGGAAAGAUGCACACUCUAGGUGGUGGAUUUAGCCCCUUGCGCUCCAAGGCUCCUGAACCUCCCAAGAUCACAAUGCCCAGGGUCUUUGGUCCUUUUCCAAAACUCACGAAUCAGCAGGUGGACAGAACUACAGUUUCAAGCCCUGAUCUGAAAUUCUGGUGGAAUGGCAUAGCAACAGUGAACCAGAAAAGACUUCCUGGCAGUGCUCCCACGCCUCCUCCUCAAAAUGCUGGCUCUAAUAGCACCAAACCGGCAGCCUCCGUUUUUAACACAACUAUAACUUCCACAUUUCAAGGUGGUGCUGAAGAUGACAUGGAUGAUGAAAAACCUGGCCCCAGUUCCUCUGCUAAAGAGGCAUAAAUGUCUCUUCUAGUAUGAAAAACCUAAACGAGUAAACGCUGUGCAAGUGUCCUGGUUGCGUGUGGAGGCUCUGCUAUGCCUUAGCUAUGGUUUCUGCAAAAGCUUUGAUUAGCAGAACAGCUGUACUAUGUAAAAGAUGACUGACAUCUAUGAGCUUUCUUCACUACCAAACAGCAGAUUUCUAAAUCACCGGCAAGUAGGAUCACCAUUAAAAGGGAGCAGAAUGCAGGUAGGGGUCCUGAACUUACCUCACAUGGCAUUGAAGUGAAGCAGCGUCUCCUAAGACCCAUUAUAGCUAAGUCUUGAACCAUGUUAAGUAUCUAAUUUCCUCCACCUUCUGCAGAAUUGGGUCCUCGAGUAUCCCUUUGAUUCUGUAUUUUACUUGCUCCUGAAAAUGGCAACAACAAAACCAAGAAUUUUUCAUCCUGUGGCCAGAUCUCCUUGCUUUGGUAUUGCCCUUUUAGUAAAUGACUCUGGCACUCUUUCUUCCAAAAAAGUUCUUGUCAAAAUCGUUAGUAUAGGACAUGUGAUGUGAGGAGUAGGUUUGGGGUGUUUGGAACAGCAAUUACACUCCCUCAUAGCCAUGAGGGGAGUGGUAGAUUCAUAUGGAAGGUUGGGUGAAAAAUGUGAUGUUCCAGUCUGGGCAAGAUUCCCCACAUAUGUUAUAAUAUAUGUUAAGCUACCACCCUAAGGAUUACCAAAACAUGGCUACCCAGUAGUGACAGAUCUGUUAGGAGUGUGCAAAAUCACAUCUGUGAAUAGCUUGAGCUCAGUCCUGAGGGAAACCUAUUGUGCAGAUUUAAUUGCAUCUCUCUCUCUCAAUUCAUCAACUGUUAGUAAUUACAUCCUGCAUUUUUGCAAUGGAAAAAAUGAAUCUAAACUGGCUAUUGAGACUGUACUUAAAUAAAUCACAGGAGGGAGAGGAAAUUGCAAUGCAAAUAGUAUCAGUCAUGUAAACAAUUUUAAUUCACUACUUAGUUAUUCAUUAAUUAAAUAACAUCUCUAAAAAAUGCAUUCUAGAAAAGGUAGCAGCCAUACUGAAAGCAGCUCUGGUCAGAUAUUAGCUUAAAGUAAAUCCUCUGGCAUCUCAACAAUAUUCCAUUUUUAAAGCAUUCGGACAGUAAGUAGUUCAACUGGUCAGCUGACAGUUGAGAGAAGUGCUGACUUCCCCUUUUUGCUCAAAGAUGUCAACCUUGUAGUCUGUGCUUUCAAAUCGUUUCUUACAAGAGCAGUAUUCUUGUUCAGCUUCUCUUCUUAGCCACUUUUUUUAAAAUGCAACAGCAAAUCCCUUGCGUCCUUACCCUCUUUAGCACGCCCCACGUUUGCCCACUAAUAGCAACGGAUCCUCCAGCUGAUACUGUGGUGUUCCACAUUGCUCUCCUCUACUAUUCUACCUCAAGUUACUUGGUCAAACUCCCUGCCCCUCACUCUUCUCCUGGGACAACUAUUAAAAAAAAAAAAAAGUGUUAUGUUCUCACAUGUCUGAUUAUCCUGCCCCAGUGAGUGCAAAGAGAAGGCACUGUUUACAACGACAAAGUAAGGCAGAAAAGACAUUUUUUCAUCAUCAUUCUCCUUCCUGGUUAAGUGGAGCGGGUGUCAAUGCAGAAAACAAACCGGUCAGGUCGACAUGCGCGAGGCUUGCUGCCCUCUCCUGGUGUCAUCAGGGGCCACACGUAAGGAUCUCACAGAUACCCCUGACAUUGAAGUUUCUCCACUUUUGAGAUGGUAAGUCCUGUAGGAAGGGAGGUAAGAAGUUGCUUUAUCGAUGGAAUUGACCAUUUUCGUUAUUCUCAUUUCAAAAUAGCAGUGUUUUGAUCAGCUGGAUCAAUUCAACCAGACAUAGCUUUUGAAUUGUCAGUAGGAGUAUGGUGAUUUGAGAAACUUUCAUGAAUUGUUUUGUUACAAAGAAAAAUGAGUGCAAAGGUAGCAGCACUGAUCACAUUCUCUGAAUCCGCAGAUGCCCCCGAUCCCCUGUAGUUUUCUGUUUGUGACAACUGGAUUGGAGGUCAACAUUGCUAGGUUUUCUGGUCUCCUUUGCCUAAUUUUCCGGGAGCAUUUGCACUGAGUAUGCUUUCUGUUUAUGAUCACGGGAAGCAGUAUAAUGGCCCAUCAGAGCAUACCAGGUACAGAUGAAAAUUUGCAGCCAGGCUUUGAUGGGGAUGUAUUUUUGAUGGGAGCAUUGUGGGAACAUCUUUUUAGUCAGUACAUCUCAGUCACAGAUUUUAAUGGAUACCUAAACCCAUCUUCUUACACUUUAAGGCGACUGACCAGGGAAGGCACUCACCUUGGAGAAAUAUUCUUACUCCUGAUAGCUGCUGAUGUUCAGUUUGCUGGGUCAGUGUGCAACAAUCAGAGGCAGCAGCUCUCCACAGCGGGAAUUCAGUUUUAAGGAUGCAAAGUGGUCUAACCUUGUGGGCCCGAUGUUAAGGAUUGCAAUGGGCAGCUGCUUCUCCCGAGCAGCAAGAGCAAACCUGUAACCAGAGUAUACCUGCAGGAAUACCAGCAGAGAGAAUUAUUGGCAGCACAGGCAAAGGAGAGCUACAGAUAGGUCUAAAGAAAGUAAAGUAAUUGCUGUUGGCAGGAAAACGGGGCUGUAUGUACACUCUGUGUUAUGCAACUGCACUUAAUUCAAGUAGGAGGUUUCUCCACUCAUGAGUGCACAGAAGAGAACAGCUUUUGACUUUUUAUCAGUGAAGGGUUUCCACUUUUGUAGAAAAUAUAUACAUUGAAGGGGAAAGCCCUUGUCUUUUAGUAAAUCUCUGCAGCAGUUUUUAUUAGUUAUCAUAGGUACUUAAAUGCUUCUGCUUUGAUGGUUCUCACAUGGCCCAGUUUAGGUACUACAAGAAUGAGCGUAAGGCAUUUCAAUCAUUCCUGUGCAAAGGAUUAUGUGCUUAAGAAGUGCAAGCUCAAGGAAUUUCUCUCCAGUAUCCUGAAGUGAAUUGCAAUCAGCCAAGCCUUCAUUUUCUGCCUUUCUGGAAAGCUUUAGUUUUUCUUAAUGUAAUAGAACCUGUUCCUUGAAAAUCUCUUACACAAACUCUACUCCAAAAGCUUUCACAGGUUAAACACCAGGGUUUUUUAGAUCACCUUAUCUUACAGAUAAAAUAUGGUUCACAGAGAAAAUGUGGUGUGAUAUAAAGGACAGUCCUAAGCAGCAAGCAGAGAGUUCUGGUCUCUUCUUCAGAAGCUUAAUUAGAAAUUAGAAGUCCUAAACUCUGGUAUUGCACACAGCUUUCCAUGAGGCCUAGACAGCUGGAAAAAGGCUAAAAAAAUUCAAUGGAAAAAAAAAAAGUGGGGUGGUGAUGUUUGCAGAACUGAAUUGUGUCAGGUAUCCCGGCUUUACGGGCAACCGCGAGCCUACAAGGCAGUGAUGGAGGAAGCAGCAGAGUGAGGUCUGAAGUGUGAAUGGGGUUAUUUGCAGCAGCAUGGCUGAGACUGGCAGCGGAGUUACAGGCUCAAACAGGAUAACUGUAGAACUAAAUCCCAACAACAGUAAAAAUAAAUUACCAAGAAGCUCUGAAGUGGCUGUGGUGACUGCAAACAGCAGCCCUAAUUUGGGGGACCAAGGACUUGUUGCCAGCAGAGUAGCACAGAAACAGGAACGCGGUGUGGGAGGAAGACCUUCUUACCUGCAUAGAGGAUCCUGCCACCAGCAUGGAGUCUGACUCUGCCAGGCGUUGGUGCACAAAAUCCACCUUUUCCCGGCUCACCGUGUCUCCAAAGAAGGUCACGUCGGGCUUCAGGAUGCCACCGCAUUUACUGCAAGCUGGGACUUGGAAAUUGCGCACCUGCUCAUCCGUCAGGAAGACGUCCCCAUCCGGAGCCACACCGAGUGCUUCAGCUUUCCAGCAGCUACCACUGCACUGACACGUUGGUCACCCUGACUGAGACACGAGAGCAUCAGCCAUCCUCCUGUCCCUGCGGGGUACCUGUGUGUGCAGCCGUGCAGUUCUGUCAGGCGCUGGCUCCCAGCUUUGGUGUGAAGGGCGUCCACGUUCUGGGUCACCAGCCAGUGGAGCUUUCCCAGUUUCUCCCAGUCUCUCAGCACCAGGUGCGCCGUGUUGGGCUGGUGGGAGGAGAACUGGGGCCAGCCCACGAAGUUCCUUGCCCAGUACCGCUGCCGGGCGCUGGCGCUACGAACAAACUCUGCGUGCUGGAUGGGCCGCCUGUCGGUCCUGGCGUAGAGCCCGACUCCUUCAGAGCGGUAAUCUGGGAUCCCCGAUUCAGUCGAGAUUCCAGCCCCGGUCAUUACAAAGAGCUUCUUGGAGUUAGAAACAAAACGCUGCAGCUCCUCUACUUCCACAGGAUCCGGGGGAAGACAGGCUGGCACGAAAGCUAAGUUUGGAGAGGGCCUGGACACGGAGUGGUGUCUGAGGUGAUGGAGUCGGGUGGCUCUGCAACUCCCUGGCAACCUCCUGGCAGAGAACAUGCUGAGCUAAAGGCCAAGAACAGAACACAGGGCAGGUAAAAAAAAAAAAAAGAAGCAGAGAGCAUAUCCCUGAUUGUAUGUUCUUGGGAUUCUCUGGAAAACAUUGCUGAUAAAUUUUCUUUGCUCCUUUUUCUAUCCAAAUCAGAAUUACUUUGCAACUGUUAAGUCCUGCUGUGUGAGGACAGUGUUUCCACGUCCCAUUCACAGAGGGUAGCAGAGGGGUGCUGAAGGUGUGAGGGUGUUAAAGGCAGUUUGAGGAGGGCACCAAGCACCUCACAGCUGAGCUGUUGCAGCGUGGGGACAGUUCCUUAAAGGCUGUCUGCUGGAAACGUGCCUGAGACCUGUGGCAGCUCUGAGAAAGCUCUUCAAGUAGUGAGCAUGUUUGUCUGCUAGGCAGGCAGCUCGCUCCUUCUUGAGCUUCGGAGCCUGGCUGGUUUUUAGACUCCUGCUGUGUCUGAGUUGCUUUGCCUCAAGUCCCUGGUCUCCCUCAAAUACCAAUUCUUACAGUGAGUAGAGCAAUAUCUGAAUACACUGGAAGUCUGCAUGUUCAGCUGUAUUUUGAUACUAAAUAGAUGCUAGUGGCAAAGAGUAGGUUUGUCUCAAUUAA